UUCAUUAAGCUAAGAAGCUGUUCACUGUGACAUAUUUCAUUGAUAUUACAGAAGAUUUGAGGGUAACUGGACACAUUAUUCAUUUACAAGUGGAAUUUCAAGGUAUUAAAUUUUAGAGAAAUGGCUUUCAUUCAUUUGGAUGUCAGAUGUCUAUAUGCCAUUCUUAUUUGCACAGCAUUUGGCUCUACUUUGUCUUCAAACACUGAGAUAAAAGUUAAUCCUCCUGAGGAUUUUGAGAUAGUGGAUCCUGGAUAUUUAGGUUAUCUCUAUUUGCAAUGGCAACCUCCACUGUUUCUGGAUAAUUGUGAGGAACACACAGUAGAAUAUGAAUUAAAAUACCGAAACAUUGAUAGUGAAAACUGGAGGACCAUCAUCACUAAGAAUCUCCUUUACAAAGACGGGUUUGAUCUUAACAAAGGCGUUGAAGCAAAGAUACAUACAGUUCUACAAGGGCAAUGUACAAAUGGAUCUGAAGUUCAGAGUUCAUGGUCAGAAGCUAGUUAUUGGACAUCACCUCAAGGAAAUCUGGAAACUAAAAUUCAGGAUAUGAAUUGUAUAUAUUACAACUGGCAAUAUUUACUGUGCUCUUGGAAACUUGGCAUGGAUGUCAGCUUUGAUACCAAUUACUACUUGUUUUACUGGUAUGAGGGCUUGGACCAUGCAUUACAGUGUUCUGAUUACAUUGAGGAUAAUGGGAAAAAUAUUGGAUGCAGGUUUUCCUAUUUGGAGGAACCAGACUAUAAAGAUUUCUACAUCUGUGUUAAUGGAUCAUCAAAAUCCCAGCUUAUCAGACCCAGCUAUUUCAUUUUUCAGCUUCAAAAUAUAGUUAAACCUUUGCCACCAGACUAUCUUAAUAUUGUUGUGAAGAAGUCAGAGGAUAUUAACCUGGAAUGGAACAUACCUGAAGGACCCAUUCCAGCAAAUUGUUUCAUUUAUGAAAUUAAGUUCACAGAAGAUAAUACGACCUGGAUGGCUACCACAUUUGAAAAUCAAAUGUAUGUCACAAGAACAUCAAAUGACAGCCAAGAAAUAUGCUUUUUAGUGAGAAGCAAAAUGAAUGUUUAUUGCACAGACGAUGGAAUUUGGAGUGAAUGGAGUGAAAUAGAAUGCUGGAAAGGUGUCCAGCAGGAGGAAAUCUUAUCUUUCUUGAUACCAUUUGCUUUUAUCUUAUUUUUAAUUUUGGUAAUAACUUGUCUGCUUGUGUCUAAGCAAAAAACUUUACAGAAAAUGAUUUUGCAGAAAAAACAAGAAGUUUUUCCUCGUCAAGAGACAAUCUGUUGACUCAGUCAUUUCGUCUUAUGGACAAAUGUUAACGAUGAGUCUUAUUGAACUGAAUUUUCUCUACAAGUGUUGAAUAAAUCUGAUUAU